GAUCUUAUAUCCACCACAGGUAAAAUAUUGAGCGACAGGAGCAUUAUAGUGUGGGUUAAUUUUUGCUGGAAUUCUUUCAUUAUUUAGAAUGACGUGAUUCCAAAGUAGAUAACUUUUUCAUUGGAUUAUUGAAACAACACGUGUAACAAGAUGGCUUUUGUGUUUUUACGACAACAUCAAAAUAGUGGUGGGACACCUCGGUCGGAUUUCCGUUAAAAAUGUAACCCGUUCCCAAUGGAGAUAAUAAUGUUUUGCUAUUAAGUGCAAUAAAAAAUCAGAAUGUGAUAAUUUCACUCGAGGGAAGUGAAGAUGUGUAUAUAUUCAUAUGAAAAUUCAUGUUCCUUUGGAAUUUGUUGAGAACAUAAUUCAAAAAGUGAUUUACGACUACACAAUCCAAUGGGAAAUAUAUGUGGUAGCAAAGAGUCGGAUCCAGAUUCGGCAUGGAAACUUCAAAACGAAGAGCAGGAGCACAAUCCUAUGUACAAAUAUGUCAACUUUGCGAACGGAGGAAAGUUGCUGGCGGCCUACAGUACGGGAGGUACGGCAGCCGUGGAGAAAAUUGCCAAAACAGAAUUACCAGGUUUUCUCUUCAAUGGCGGUGAAGGUGCCUUCAUCAGCAAAUUAGAGAAUAUAAAAUGGCAGCACAGAAUUAUGGCAAAAUUAACAAACUCGACCGUUUGGGAGAGCAAAACAGAUUAUGAACUUCUCCAAGAAUAUAAAGAUGACUUCAUUCAGAUUAAUGAACACGAGGCAUGCUGGGACCUCAACAAGAGGGGAGGGGUUGGGGAAACCCCCUUUCACCUUCUUUACCUCAUGAACAAACCGGAGAGUUUGGAGGUUGCCAAAGUUCUACUCAAUCUUUAUCCUAUUAUGGCAUUGGAUUUCUAUGAGGGACCAGAAUACUAUGGUGAAAGUGCCUUACAUCUGGCCAUUGUGUAUGGCGACCUGGAGCAUGUCAAACUUCUUAUUGGAUAUGGUGCUAAUGUUAACGAACGGGCAAUGGGCCGAUUCUUUCUUCCAGAGGAUCAAAAGAAACGUAAAACUAAGGAAACAGAUUAUGAUGGGUAUGCCUACUAUGGGGAGUAUCCUUUGGCGUUUUCUGCCUGUUUUGGUCAUGAAGAAAUCUACGACUUCCUUAUUGAUCACGGAGCCGACCCUGACCUCCAGGACUCCUUCGGAAACACUGUGCUACACAUGGUUGUCAUUGCAGACCAAGUAAAUAUGUAUAAAUAUUGUGUAAGACAUCACAAAAAGCCAGCCAAGACAUACAUCGAAAACCAAUCAAAGUUAACGCCUCUUACUUUGGCCAGUAAACUUGGACGACAGAAGAUCUUCAAGGAAAUGUUGGAACUUGGAAGUUUG